GAGAUUUGUUUGACAUGGAAACAUCCGACCGCAUGACAUUGAAGAAAACACAUUGUCAAAUAAGGUAGACUGUUUCACGAGGACUUUUUCUCUCGUUAUAUUGUGUGGACAACAUUUAACGCUAGCCUUUACAUUUACAUGUCACUCAUAAAAUGAUGCUAUGCUUGUUGGCAUACUUUAAAAAAUUUAAAUAAUAAAAUAAAAACAGGAAAUGUAAUUGGGAUUGGAAUAGUAAAGUCAAUAAAUAGUAGUCUCUCCUCGUUUUCUUCCUGCCCUUUUGUCGGUAACUCAAUAAUAGUAUUCAAAUGAAUUCUGCGAAAUAACUUUAGACGGAAGCGAAACUGUUGACGUGCAUCAAUUUAAGAAUAAUUGUCUAAAUAGCCUUUCAAACCGGAACAGCUGGAUAUUUUUUGCUCUACCCACGCUCAAAUGGUAGAUUACCAGUAAAUAAAUAGUGGAACAUCUUAUUCUUAUUAUAAUCAUGAAGUAAAUAAAUAGUGGAACAUCUUAUUCUUAUUAUAAUCAUGAAGUAAAUAAAUAGUGGAACAUCUUAUUUUUAUUAUAAUCAUGAAGUAAAUAAAUAGUGGAACAUCUUAUUCUUAUUAUAAUCAUGAAGUAAAUAAAUAGUGGAACAUCUUAUUCUUAUUAUAAUCAUGAAGUAAAUAAAUAGUGGAACAUCUUAUUUUUAUUAUAAUCAUGAAGUAAAUAAAUAGUGGAACAUCUUAUUCUUAUUAUAAUCAUGAAGUAAAUAAAUAGUGGAACAUCUUAUUUUUAUUAUAAUCAUGAAGUAAAUAAAUAGUGGAACAUCUUAUUGUUUUUGUGAAGUUAAAAUAGUGGAACAUCUUAUUCUUAUUGUAAAGUCAAUAUAGUGGACCAUAAGUGGAUCAUCUUAUUCUUAUUGUAAAGUCAAUAUAGUGGACCAUAAGUGGAUCAUCUUAUUCUUAUUGUAAAGUUAAAAUAGUGGAACAUCUUAUUCUUAUUGCAAAGUGAAUAAAUAAUGGAACAUCUUAUGCUUAUUAAUAUUAUUAUAAAGUAAAUAAAUAGUGGAACAUCUUAUUCUUAUUGUAAAGUAAAGUAAAUAAGUAGUGGAACAUCUUAUUCUUAUUGUAAAGUAAAUUAAAUAAAUAGUGGAACAUCUUAUUCUUAUUGUAAAGUCAAUAAAUAGUGGAACAUCUUAUUCUUAUUGUAAAAUCAAUAAAUAGUGGGACAUCUUAUUCUUAUUGUAAAGUCAAUAAAUAGUGGAACAUCUUAUUCUUAUUGUAAAGUCAAUAAAUAGUGGAACAUCUUAUUCUUAUUGUAAAAUCAAUAAAUAGUGGAACAUCUUAUUGUAAAGUAAAGUCAAUAAAUAGUGGAACAUCUUAUUCUUAUUGUAAAGUCAAUUAAAUAAAUAGUGGAACAUCUUAUUCUUAUUGUAAAGUCAAUUAAAUAAAUAGUGGAACAUCUUAUUCUUCUUAUUCUUAGUGUAAACAAUCCCUUUAUUUUUAAUCCUAUUUAUUUUUAAUUCAGCCGAUUCUGAAAACUUAAAUUGUUUAAACAUCAGUUGGUUUUAUGAAAUAUUGGAUUAUGUUUUAAGACUUUAAAACAUAUUUGGAAUUUUUUAUAUAGCACAUUCACAUACACAGAAUGCUUUAUUUUCUAAAUUGCACAUGCACAGACUUUGCUUUAUUCACAUUUAUUAUGUUCACAACUGACAUUUCUGAAGCAUGUUUGCCCCUAUUAUCUAUUCUUAAAAUGUAAGCAAUCCGAAAUGAUCAGUCAAUGGUAAACAAUGAUUACAUAACAGGAUACAGAAAAUGGUUCUGCUUCAGACCAUCAAGAGGUGUCUAUACCGGAAGGGACUUUAUCAGCCGACUUCCUUUCGCAAACCGGCCACGGCCACCGUCCGUCUAGUAAACCGUACGUUACCUGAGGUAAGUACCAUAACAGACCUUCUCCAUGUCUUAGUGCGUACUUUUACCUGAAUUGUGUAAAAUAACAAAUUUAUCCCAAUUUUUAGUGCCUACAUUACCUGAAGUAAGCACAAGGAAUGUCUUACAUGGGCCUGAAAUAAGCGCAAGGAAUGUCUUACAAGGGCCUGAAGUAAGCACAAGGAAUGUCUUACAAUGGCCUGAAGUAAGCACAAGGAAUGUCUUACAAGGGCCUGAUAUAAGCGCAAGGAAUGUCUUACAAGGGCCUGAAGUAAGCUCAAGGACUGUCUUACAAAGGCCUGAAGUAAGCGCAAUGACUUUUUUACAAUGGCCUGGAGUAAGCACAAGGACUAUCUUACAAUGGCCUGGAGUAAGCACAAGGACUAUCUUACAAUGGCCUGGAGUAAGCACAAGGACUAUCUUACAAUGGCCUGGAGUAAGCACAAGGACUAUCUUACAAUGGCCUGGAGUAAGCACAAGGACUAUCUUACAAGGACUUUUGAAAACCCAUGUUUCAUCAUUUUAUUUUCUAUCGGUCUCUUUGAUUCUAACAUUAUCUAACUCAGAAUGAAGACACUCGUUCGAUUGAAAUGAUUUUAAUCCAAAUAAUUAGAAUUUUAGACUGGUCAUUAGGGUUUUAUCAUUAGAUAUUUCCAACACAUAUUUACACACACACAUUUGCACACACAUGUAUAUACACAAUUUACACACCAAUUUAUUUUGACACAUGAUUAUAUUGAAUGAGAAGCAGGGCACUAUUUUAUUUGCAUGAUAAACUAAUUGAACUCUGACCUCCACUUCAAUCCUGACAGAGUCCUACGUUUGGGUCAAAUGUUACUGAGCAGUAUAUGACCAUUGCCGUUGUUCUGCUGUAUGCCGGAACCUUCUAUUGGCUGUUCCGACAAGACGCGUUCAUGACCUUUGCCCCGGAUGUUGAUGAGGACUGUCAGUGUUUCGAAAUGGAACCCCCACCGCCGCCAUGUCCGUGCUCAAAUCGAUGAGCGAGGUCGUCCUGUCCAGGCACCUUUGUGCUUUAGAUUGUGUGUUUGAAUUAUUCAAUCCAAGACAAUAUGUAUGUAUAUAGAUAUUUAUAUAUCGGGCUGAUAUCAUUAGACGUUAAUUAAUUUUUUUAAAAGUUACUUUACUUCAGCACAUUACCCUAGACUCAUUCUAGCAUGACUCUAUCUAGACACCCACAUUCUAGCAUGACUCUAUCUAGACACCCACAUUCUAGCAUGACUCUAUCUAGACACCCACAUUCUAGCAUGACUCUAUCUAGACACCCACAUUCUAGCAUGACUCUAUCUAGACACCCACAUUCUAGCAUGACUCUAUCUAGACACCUUCUAGCAUGACUCUAUCUAGACACCCACAUUCUAGCAUGACUCUAUCUAGACACCCACAUUUUAGCAUGACUCUAUCUAGACACCCACAUUCUAGCAUGACUCUAUCUAGACAACCACAUUCUAGUAUUACUAUAAACACCCACAUUCUAGCUUUACUCUAGACACCCACAUUCUAGCAUUGUACUAAUCCGAAAGCUUAUCUUAUUAUCUUGUAAUCACGAAAUCUUUUUUCUUAGACUAUGAUCUUGACAUUCGCGCCAGGAGCAAAUUGUUUACGUUUAAUAAAUGUACAUAUCGUUGCUUUUUACACAAA